UACACGUUCAUACCUCACUGAAGGAGGAAACGGAGGGCGCACCAUAAAACCAAGAAGAAGAAGAAGAAGAAGAAGAAGAAGAAGAACGGAGGGCGCACCUGCCUGACAAAAUACAGCUGCAGUGUCGACGCUUACUCGGAUUUUCUUUACAUACUUUUGAGGAAGUUAAAGUUGGAUGUUUUUAAAGCUCAUAUGUUUUGAAAGAUUUUGAGAAAAUAUGUCGCAGGGUAUAAUCUUUACCCUCAUCUUGAUCACAGGCUGCACCACAGCAGUCAACGUGGUCUGCCCUUACCCACGACACGUAGUCAUAUUAUUCCAGCCGGUCACGCUCCGCUGUGAUUUCACUACAACAGCUACAAACCCACCACUGAUCACCUGGAAAUACAAGUCCUACUGCAGAGACCCGAUACAAGCUGCAUUAAACCCCAGUAGUGCUGACAAUGCCAUCGCUCAGUCCAACCCAAACUACAACCCUAACAUAGAGUGUGCAGACAGCGCCAGGACCGUUCGCAUAGUAGCUUCGAAACAAACAGCGGUCACACUUGGGAGCGAGUACCAGGGCCGUCAGAUCAGCAUCACAAAUAGUAAGUUGACUUUAUUAGUAUCUGAAGCAAGAGAUUUGACUCUUUCCCCCAAAUGUGUAUUUAUUUAUUUUUUCUCUUCUCGUUCUCCAGACUGGUUGUUAGUGGUGUUGGUGGUCCUGGGCUUCCUGCUGUUGUUGCUCCUGAUUGGUAUCUGCUGGUGUCAGUGUUGCCCUCACACCUGCUGCUGUUACGUCAGCUGCCCCUGCUGCCCGGAGCGCUGCUGCUGUCCCCGCGCAUUGUAUGAGGCUGGCAAAAUGGUAAAGUCUGGCAUCCCCAGUCAGUAUGCACACACCGUCUACAACCCAAGCAUGUAUGGCCAGCCAGCUUAUGGAAUUGGUGGAGCUGCGCCGGGCAUACCCAUGCUCCCUAUGCCGGUGGGCGUUGCUGGUCCUCCCUCCUAUGGCUAUGGCAGAGACUUUGACAGAGCCAGCUCAGUUGGUGCAGGAUCUCAAGUGCCGCUCCUGCAAGACCACGAUGGUGGAGGAACCCGUAGUGGAUACCGUGUUCAGGCCGACCAAGAUGGAAACCCAACUCGGGUGCUUUACUACAUGGAGCGAGAGCUGGCCAACCAUGACCCCAGUCGCCCAGUGAACACUCCAGGCAAAUACAGUCGUCUGGAUGGUAUGAGCGAGGUGAGCUCACUUCACGAUGGUCCAGACUCUCGAAAUCGUGGUCGGGCCAGACCGCCUCAGCUUACCACGGUGUACGAUGAUGUGGACGGAAACAUGAGCACCAUCAGCAGCGUCUCUCAGCACAUCCGACGGGACGAGCCCAGGCGGGGACCUGACAAUCGAGGACGUGCACGCUCCAUGGAAAAUUUGGACGAUAUCAGCCGCAAUUACGGAGACAGAGAUGACUAUCCGCCAGCACGCCGAGAUGGUGGGGCUAGAGGCGGCAGAAGAGGUUCGGAUGACGAGUGGAGCAGCAGUGGACGAGGAUACGACCCUGUCUUUGAUGACCGUCGGCGCCGUGAUUACUCUCCUGAUGCUCGUCCUCGGCGUGGAGACUCCUUCUGUGAGGCUGGUUUUCAGGGCCAGCGCAGCCGUAGUCGUGAUGACCUGAUGGAUCUGGAGCGUGACCGUGGCCGUGGAGGUCGGGACGCAUACGAUGACAGCUUCCUGAGGGAAGCCAUGGAAAAAAAGAAGCUGGUCGAGCAGCAGAGAGGCCACAGCCGUGAGCGGCUCGACAGCGAGAGCGACCGUUCUGACCGCUACAGGGGGCCACACGGCGGACCGCCACCUCUGCCGCUCGCCCCGCCCUCCGGAAACCCUAAUCGUCAUGGAAACCAUAGCAACUUCCCACCUCCAUCCCCUCCCUACACUGAGGACAGUGACAGUUUGCCAUCGUCCAAGAAGAGCAACUUAAAAAAGAAUGGAGCUGUGAGCAGAGAGAGUCUGGUGGUGUGACGCUCAGGUGAAAAUGAUGCGUGCGUGUGUGUGUGUGUGUGUGUGUGUGUAUCAGUGAUGCAGCUGUGUGUG